CAAUAGCAGCAGGGGAUUAUUGAUCAGAAGAAUGGAAGAAGAGACCAAAGCUACCGAGCGGCAGGGCAUCGGAUCCAUCCUCGGGUCCGAACCCGAGAGACCCAAGACGGCCGCUUCCUUGCGAAGGACUCUCUCCGCCGACAUGUCCUCCAAGAAAUGGUUGGGGCGUCACGGGCUCUCUCUCUUGAAGAAGAUCCCUUCCUCUGAAUCAUUCCCUGUUCCCUCCUCCUCUGUCGACUCUGAUUCCUCUUCGUCUUCUUCGUCUUCGGCUUCAGAAGGUGAAGGAGAUGACUGGAGCUCAAUAGUCCAAUCGAAGGACGAAGAGCAACAGAAGAAGGAAGACCUUGAAAGGCCCAGGCUUUCAGAUAUUUGGGGUUCGAUUCUGUCCCAAAAGACAGACGAUUUAUCGAAAUCUUCGUCAGCACCCUACAUUCACCCACUCGUGAAAAGAUCGAAGAGCUCGUUGAGUCAGAAGAGUCUCGAGAUCUGCACUGAGAGUCUUGGGUCAGAGACGGGUUCUGAAGGCUUCUCCUCCUACCCACCAUCGGAAACUGGCGAUUUCGAAGAGAAAUUAACAGAAAAACAACAGAGCGCCAAAGAAACAGAGGAGUUGUCAUCAACGACUGCUACUCUAGUGAAAGAAAAGGAGGAAUUUGGAGCCGAAAGCUACAAUUAUUUUUCUGCGACCAGGAAAUCACCCCCUCGAUCAUUCCCUCCUCCGUUACCGUCGCUUUCUCGACGAGAAGGACCGGGCGUCCUUAUGCGAUCGCAUCGCAGAGACGGUCGUUUGGUACUUGAAGCCGUUCCUGUUUCUACUUACAAUUACUUCCAUGCCGAACGCCAAGGCGGUCGCCUUCUCCUCAGUUACAUCAACAAACCCUCUGCAGAACUAAUGGAAUCCGACGACGACGAAGACGAAGAAGAAGAAGUGGAAGAAGAGUUAGAAUUAGAAGAGGACUUAUUUGAUGAAUUUCAAGGACUAGAGGAAGAAGAGGAGACUGAGAAGACUGAGAAAGUGGAGAAGGUUGAAAGAGAGAAUAAUGGAGUCCAAAUCGAAGGAAUUUUGACAGAGGUAGGGAAGGGUAGUCAACCAACACUGAUGGUUACAUGUGAGGUGAUUAAUUUGCAAGGGUCAGCCGCCCUUUUGACAAAAAAGAACCCAAUUUGGUCUCUCUCUCACAAGAAGAAUGUCAUCCACGAGGAGGAGGAGGAGGAGGAAGAGCUAAUGCAGCUGCCACAGUCGCUGCCAUGUCGGGUGCGUCACUUGAUGCCAUCGCCCGCAGCAGCGGCUGCCUCUUUCAAUGCUUACGACUACUUCUGGAGGCCAAAGCCCACAGCUGCCGCGGCAGCCAUGCAUCCACUGACCCAGCAACUACCACCACCACCCAUCAUCGACAACAACAAUUACUACAGUUACUAUUACCCCAAUAAACACAAUAACGAGAUAGUGAUAUCAAAUUCCAAGGGGAUUCUUAACCCUCAAGAGCAGCAGAAACAGAUGCUAAUCUUGGGAGGGAACGAAGCAGAUUGCUUAGUUCCUCAGAUUAGGGGAGGUUGCAAGGAUUCUAGAAGCAGGUCACUGUUCAUAUGGCAACCCACCCGUUGCAUUGCCACCUCUUAACCCCCAUCAUCCACGUGUUUAUUUCUUCUCUCAUAUAGUUUUUUGGA